CGCAACUCGUGAACCCUCCUCUCUCGGCUUAACCACCACGCACCCCUCCUUUAACCCAAACCCCAACAAACCAUCGAGGCAUCCAACCCCAACACCCAAUCUCCCCGCCGGCGCCGAGGCCCAAGCCCCACUCCACUUUCUCUCUCUCCUAUGGCUUCCGGAGAAAACCACGCCGUCUACAACGACGACGACCUUGACGAUGACGAUGACGAAGAGAGCAUAGACGACGACCACCUAAUCCAACCUUCUCAAAACGACGUCGUAGACGAUGAAGACGAGGACGUCUACGUCGACGAUGAGUCCAACUCCACCUCCUCCUCCAACCUCGCCACCGCCGAUGCAGACCCACUUCCUCCUCCUCAGCCUCCUCCUCUCCCAUCGUCUGGCGCCAUCGAAGUCACCGUCGCCAUCGCUGGCCAUCCCAACCAAUCCACCAUCCCCGAUCCUAAACGUCGACGCAUCGAUGACAUCAUCACCACCACCGUCGUCGAACAGAAACAGAAGCCAUUGCCUAUCGACGACUCACGAAGACUUUUCCAACGCCUAUGGACCGAUGAGGACGAAAUCGAGCUCUUACAAGGCUUCCUAGAGUACACCGCGAGUCGAAGUGGGGUCCACAAUUCCUCCCAUCACGAUACAACGGCGUUUUAUGAUCAGAUCAAGAGCAAAUUACAGCUGGAUUUCAACAAGAACCAGUUGGUGGAGAAAUUGAGACGGUUGAAGAAGAAGUAUCGGAAUGUGUUGAAUAAAAUUGGGUCGGGUAAGGAGUAUGUGUUCAAGAGCCCACAUGAUCAGGCUACUUUUGAGAUCUCUCAGAAGAUUUGGAGCGGAGUUUCUUUGAAUCGUGGAGCUGGUGGGUCAAUUGACGAUGAUGAUACAAACCCUAGCCCAAACCCUAACCCUCACCCUAACUUGGUUGACCAAAACAUUGAUUCUAUAGACUUUAUGGUUGCUAAUAAUAAUAGUGCUGAGAAAAAGUUGUCCAGGUCGCGAAAACGAUCGCGUGGAGGAGUGGUGAAAGUUGAGGACAAUCAUGGAAGUAAUCAGCAAGCAAUGGGUUUGGGAGUGGGUGUGGCCACAGCCACAGCCACCACACCAUCUGUUCCCAAGAAUUUGAUUGAGGAGACUGUGAGGAGUUGUGUAUCGCCAUUGUUUAAGGAGUUGAUAAACAAUGUGAUGAAUGGGCCCUGGGGUUCACGAGGGUUCGGGAUGGGAUUGAGUCCAAUGCCAUUGGGUUUUGGUGGGCAGAUGAAUUUAAUGGGAGGUGGGGAUAUGGCGGACGAGAAGUGGAGGAAGCAGCAGAUGUUGGAGUUGGAGGUUUAUUCGAAGCGGUUGGAGUUGGUGCAGGAUCAAAUUAAGGCGCAGUUGGAGGAGCUGAGAUCUAUGGCGAGUUGAUGGUUCUGCUUCUGGAUACGAGUUGGACAUUUUCGGUUGUUGUAGAUGCUAUGUGGACUGCGAGUAAAUUGUGUGAAUAAAAUGGCUGUGGAUUCAACACAUGUUCUGCUGCAUUAAUUCCAUUUGAGGAUUGCUAGAUGAUGGUAACAUAGCUGGAAAGCUUCAAAGGGAUGUCAUUUCAUGGAAACUUGUCACCCAGACACCAACGUAAUUAGUCUAUGCAUCAUCGCCGAUGGGGCAUGUGGAUGGAGUUGUUGAGAAAAUUAAGUAAUACAGCCCAAUUCUUGUAAAUUCCUGCAACUUAUAUAGUUAAGUUUAGGUGCAAUGUUCAUGAAUUUUACGAGAAGGGUUUAGAGAGAUGAUUACAAUGUUGUAAAUGGAGAUCAUCCUGACGAUGAGAUGGAAAUAUCACCAAGAGCUUGGCUUUAUAAGACUCCUGAUUUGUGUAGGCUGUUGGUUACAUCUUGUACUUCAAAUUUACCCCAGUUGAACAUAUUGGAGGAUACAUAGGUAGGUAGUAAUGGCAAUCUUUGACAU